UAAUUCAAGUGGCCCAUCUCUGCUAAACGACCUCUGGUUUUGUUUGGAAAACAGAAAGAGCGUGAAACCGCGUUUCUGUUUAAAUUUCAUGUUUUAUAUCAAGUAAUUGACUACGAAAUAUAUGUCUAUGUUGUUUUGACAGCAUAUAUGUCAAGCACAGGAUGUGAACGGAGAAUGUUUUCGUUGGAUACAUACACAUAUGGGCAAAGACAUUAACCUGUGAUCCAUGGAGCUGAUUCCUCGUUCAUUGUGAGUUUCAAGACAACAACAAACCUUGGCAAGCUCGAACUGCUCAAAUACAAAGGUUAUUAGGUUACCAGCAUCAUACAGUUGAAGACAUUCCUUUUGAAUUCAGGAAUUAAAAAUGGCUUUUAGGAGAGAUCGGAACAACAUCAGAGACAUUUAUGAGGAACGGUUUCAUUCAGAGAGAGGGGGUCCAUAUCCAAGAGGGGGUCAAGGAGAAAGGAGACCUCCCUUUGGGCGGCCGGACGAGGAAUUUGGCCGAGGUUUUGAAUUUGACGGCCCUCGGUUUUACCCGAACGGUGCCCCUCGUAACUUCCAUGGAGACGAUCAAAGGCAUCACUCAUUUCCAAACGAUCGCAGGGGUGGGCCACCUGCUCGAAGGGAAGACUUCCCAUACUACAGAGGGCCCAGAGAGGAACCCAAUCCUGGCCGCCAAAUGGACUUUAGACAGGGCAAUCGAGGAGGUCCUCCCACAAGUGCUCGAGCCCAGGGUUCAUACCCAGCACCUAGGUCUCUGUCUACAUUGGGCCCUGAGGCUGGAGAUGACACCCUAAUGCAAGCCAUAAUGAACAUGGACCGGGGGGAGGAGCGAGACAGCUUGAGACGAAAGGCUCCUUUCCCUCCAGUGCGUGAGCGUUCUCCAGUGCGGCGUGACGUCCCUCCUUCUCCACACAGUCGGUCGGGGUCCAGCAUCAGCAGCCGUAGCUACUCGCCAGAACGGGGCAAAAAAACCCAGCAGGCGAAAAGGCUUGAGGAGCCGUUUGGGCCAGGCAGAGUAUCAGACAGGGAAAGGCCCCCCGGUCCUUCCAUAAGUGCAUCACAGGACGGAUCGCCUCAUAGCUCCGUAUCAGCCUCUAAGGAGGACAUGACAACAGUGGAAGGGCCCACAGAGGAAGCUGUGCCCGCUGCAGAUGUAGCCACCUCUGUCAUGGACGACUUUCAGGAGCGUCGAGCUCAAGCUAUUUCUGCCAAGGCUCGAGAAAUUGAGAAGGUGUACCGUCAGGACUGCGAGACGUUCGGCAUGGUGGUGAAGAUGCUGGUGGCCAAAGAACCCAGCCUAGAGAAGCACCUGCAGAACCCACUAAAAGAGAACCUCACCGAGAUCCGUGAGCGAUGCCUCGAGGACUUGCAACACUUCAUUGCUGAACUCGAUGAGGUCGCACGACAGCCUGAACCUGCUGUCUAAGGUGAUCCAAUUUCACUCCACCAGCAGUUUUGGUUUUUGAAAGCUCUGAACCUACACAAGAGCUCCUCAUUGUUGCUGAUGUCUUGCAUGAAGACCCCGGGGACUUUGUACGUUGUGUACUCUGUGUCUACCUAAAAUAAAUCAUCCUUGUCUGAAAGGAUGUGGGACAUGGAAGAUUUCUGUGUUUUGUAUAUUCUCUAUUUUUUGUUUAUGCAGUCCCAUUAACCAUUAAUACUAGUUGAUGAAGCUGGAUUUACUUUAAGAUCCCUUUGUAUCCAUUUAAAAUUAUGAUUAAUAAAGAAAUUAAAUAACGAAGACAAGGAAAGCAAUCCUAGAAUAGAGGGUUUGCUCUGUUUCUUAUUUACUGCAAAGGCUUAUGUGAUUUAUUAACCCCCUGAGGACUUGCAUGUACUAGAUUUUGGUUGUCCUGAUCAGGUCUGUAUAAACUGAAAGGGUUCUUUAUUGUUGCCAGUGAAGUCACUUACAUUCACAUUCAUACAUUCAGACCAAUGACAAAUGUUUUACAAAUUAUGGUAAUAUUUAUGAUUCAGCUAAUUGCUACUAUCUGUAAUACUUUAAAGCUGUGCAUCUGACAAUAAUAGAUUUGUCUUUUUUUUUUUUUUUAUGAACUUUUCCAGUAAUGAAAUUAUAUAAAAAAAAAAAAAAGUAUUUGUGUAGAUUUUCCUUUAUGGUAUUAUAAAGAGUCUUGAACCAGCCGUAUAAACACAUGU